GUACAGACACAAUACAGUGUAUCGCAUUUGCGAACAUUACACAGUCGCAUCACUCAGUUAGUUUUCGUCACUUGUUACACAAUGCCAAAGGUUAAAAGGAGCAGGAAACCUCCUCCAGAUGGCUGGGAGCUUAUAGAACCGACACUAGAUGAACUUGAUCAGAAAAUGAGAGAAGUGGAAACAGAGCCACAUGAAGGCAAAAGAAAGGUGGAGGCAUUGUGGCCAAUAUUUAAGCUACACCAUCAGAGAUCAAGAUAUAUUUUUGAUUUAUUUUACAAAAGAAGAGCAAUUAGCAGAGAAUUAUAUGAUUACUGUAUCAAAGAAGGAUACGCUGAUAAGAAUCUAAUCGCCAAAUGGAAAAAACAAGGAUAUGAAAAUCUGUGCUGCCUCCGAUGCAUACAGGCAAGGGACACAAAUUUUGGAACAAACUGUAUAUGCAGAGUGCCUAAAAGUAAAUUGGAAGAAGGAAAAGUUGUUGAAUGUGUUCACUGUGGUUGCAGAGGAUGCUCAGGAUAAGACAUUACCCUGGAUGAUGUAACAGUUUUGGGCUGGGGCAGGGGAAGGGGUGGGGUAAUCUUUCAAGAGUACUAGUACUUUAUAUUAGCUAAGAACAAUAUCCUUGGUGUUUUGUGUUGUCAUUAUUAUUACCACGAAAUGAAAAUAGAUUUAUUGUCACAAGAAUUUCAACAUUUAGUAAACUAAGACUGCAGUAUUACAGUAUACUUUUUUUUAUUGAUAGUGUUGAUAUUUUAUGCAGUGCAUUAACAUAGCAUUGCUAUUAGUAGGUCAGGGUUGUAUGUCCUUGUGAUUUGUGUUUAUUUGGUCAACUGUCCUUCGGGGAUAAUUUGUGAUGGAAUCAUGUUUGUCAUGGAUGGAUUGGUUGCUGUAUCACUUUGUCAAGUCAAUAAAUGUUUUUUUUUAUCAUA